AUGGCAGCAACUAUUACUAACAUCUGGAUACUAUUUAUCUGCCUGAUGUCCAAAAUUAUGUUGGCAUCACCUAUACUGAAUGAAACGAGUAGUUCGCAUCUUAAUUUAAGACUUCGGGAUGAAACAGAUACAAAGCAAAAUUUAUCGCUGAAGUGGUCUAAUUGUGAACGCGAGCCUCGUGAAAUCCUCAGAAAUUGUCAUGAGCAGAAUGACAUGGACUAUUUUGCAUUCACUCCAAAAAACGUCUAUGAAUCUCAACAUGCAAUUUGGUAUGCUAACUGGACAUUUUCACGUCAAAGUGAUCCUAGAUGGCUCGAAAUUGGAGAAUGGAGAUUAUUUUCGAUCGAAUACUUUCAUACUAGAAACUUGGAUUGUGGCAGCUUUUGGACUGAUUGCAAAGAUAUGCCUACUUGGCAUGAAAUCCUCAAUCUCUAUCCAAAUGAUAGAGAGCUUGCCCGAAGAGUUUAUUUUACUAGUGAAAGCUAUUUGAUCAUUAGAAACUAUCUCAACGCCAUUCAAACAAUCUUGGACGAGGUUCACAUGUCCCUCUAUGGAAUGCUUCCGGAAAUUGUGCAGGUCUUCACCAGUCAACCAGACCCAUCAGCCCAAGCCGCAUGUGCAAUGAUUGGAGCUGUAACUGAUACGCUUGUCAAUGUUGGUGUGACUGCCGUUACUGGAAUGAUGACGAGCACCUUAACAAGUUUUUAUGAUAAAAUGAAAUUAAGUGUGCUUAAGGCACUGCGUGACCCGGAAGUAGCAGCUACAUGGUAUACAAAGACAUUAAACACCAAAUGGAUCCCACCUCCUGUAGUCAGAUGGCUCAGGAACCAAGAUCAGUUUAAUGCUUGGGGUGAGAUGACACCAGAUACAUCUGAUGAGCUCGACUCUUUACCUGAGCGUGUCUCAAAGAUAUCUCAAAAUUUACCCAAAUCCAACUAUCCACCGCAUUCGAAACCAGAAUUGACACCUGAGCUUAAAAAGAUUAAAGAUGCAUAUAAAAAGGCUUAUUCAAACUUGCCAUGGGUAAAGCCAGUAACCCAAAUUCCAAGGAAUUUACGAUUUGGGCUGCGUUUUAAUCUACAAAUUUUGGUUAAAGAGCAAGCUAAAUUACGCCUUAUGUCUGGCUCAUUGGGAGGAGGCAGCACUUGCUCGCGUUUUGGUGGCUCAGAUACAAAUAAUAAUGCCAUCAAUAUUAAUCAAGUUCAGGGGCAACUGGCAUCCGUCUUCCCACAGGUUUUGGAUUCGCUAGGUCAAGUGUAUGAAGGUAUCUACAAUGGCUCCCUAAGUGAGGAAGGACAACCAUCAUGGCUUGCAACUUCAAUGCUACGUCACAAUUGGGCCGAAGAAAAAUCAUACCUGGCACGCCUUAGGCAUGGUAACUCCAUGAAAUCGCAGGUAAUGCGAGCCUUUGUUCUAAAUAUUGCUUCUCAGGUUUCAGCAAAAGAUGGCAGCUACAUGAAAUGCAGUCAUAAAUCAUGGGCAGCCGAAAAGUGCUACAAGAUGGCCCGGGCAAAAGCUACUGAUGAGGCUUCGCUGUCAUACUUCUGCCCUCGCCCAGAUACAGAUCCUGGUCUUAUAUGUCAGGUCGGAAGAUGGGCAUUCUCAGCUGACAAUUCUCAUGAGACACCGUGGCCUGCACUUCUUAAGUUGGAGAGUUUCUUGCAUGACCGAUUCGAGCUCACAAGGCUAGACGUCCUAAAUGAUAUAUAUGAUCACUAUGAGCUACAGGGAAAUGAUCUACAAGUAGAUUGGAAUUCUUGGUUUCUUGGAUCAUUGUCUUCAAUGGGCAGUUUUUCUAUGCCUGUCUGCAAGAAUGAUAGACUGGAAAUUAAAGACAAUACUGUGCAUGGCCCUGGGCGUAAAUCAUUAUUCGGAAAAAAUAGCUGGGCGGUUCCUAAUGUCUGUGGUAUAGACGGCAAAGAGACAGAGAAAUUCUUUGAGGAAAUGGGGUUUCUUGAGGGCUCAUUACCCUGGAAUUCCAGAAGCAAGAAUGAAAGAUGGGCCGGAGGUGGAACAAAUGAAUUCUAUAAUGACCGAUUAGUCAGGGCGAAUCGAGAUUCUUUUAAGACGAAUCCAUUUGCACGUUAUCGUACGAUGUGCUACCAGCACAUUCGUUUUGCCGAGCAUAAAGAUUGGAAGCGUUAUGACGCCUUUAACCUUAAUAAUCAUGCUCGAGUGCACAAAGGACGUGAUCAAGAUUGUGACCUUGUUCUCGAGGCGACAGCCAAUAUGACUGAGGAGCAAGGGAAUCGUUGGUUCUGUCAGAAGUACGAUGAAUAUGGCAAUGAUUACGGACACACAGUAUUCAGCCGUGAAACCUGGAAAGUUGAGAUUAAUCGCGUGCCGCAAUGGAAAAACCCCCACUCCACCGGCACCAGUGAUAACUGGUGUACCGCGUGA